GUAAGAGUUGUCAAGUCUUGGAGACAUGGCUGCCAAAGUUUCGUAAACUUACUGAAAUUUCGAAAGAACCAAUGACCGAUGAACCGAUGUAAGUGCAGAAGCAAACCACAGCUUUACGAGAAGACGCCAUCAUUGUUAUGGACCUUGAAAGUAAACUGCUAUGAUAACCUGCUUGCCAGUCCUCUGCAACUGUCAGGGGCCACCAGUGCUCUCCAGAAGCCGCAUGCCGACAAGCUGAUUGGGUUUUAACACGCCGGCUUCACCCUAGGUGACAGAAUUAAUAAAGGGUUUAUCUUCUGGGCAGUCGCAACUGUGUUUUCUCUCUACGGGGAGCUUUGUCCAAUUACCGUACUGUAAACCAAGUGAAUUUGAAUAGCAAACCAGCCCCUGUCACGCUGGAACAGCUUCUAGACGUGUCCGUAGGAUUUGAAAGGCAAAACCACGUGUACAGCAACUUUUACAUAAAAAGUUAAACCUUCACUCAGAUACUCGGCUGCCAAGCAUAGCUGGGUGAUGAAUUGAUAAAAGACGUGUGUGUACGAAUACUAACGCAGCUCGUCGAAGUCAACCGUUACUAUCAAUCGAUAUCAAUAUCACUAGUAGAUGGGAAUAGGCAAGACUGUGUUGACGGCAAACACCAAUUUGUAGAGGUAAUUAUUUCCAAAUUUUACUUUUCAUCAAUCAGUUUAUUGACAAAUGGAUUAGGACUACCUCUCUACUCGAUAGAAACAGGAAUUGUCCCGAAUGAGGUAGGCAUCAAUUGUCGUCAGUGCUAGAGAAAGGCAGUUUGGCAUUAUACCAUAAACACUCAUGCAUUUUCAUCUAAGCCAAUACGUCAAUAAGUUCUUCUUAAAUCUUCAGCAAGUCGAUAUCAACUAAUAUGUGCCCCUUUACGGCGCUGUGCGUGUCCCAGUCACAGAACAAUUUGCACCAUCACCAGUCAGAGUUCAUAGUUUUGUUGCUCAUACAUGGGUCGUUUUACUAUUGACGUUGACGAGGGUAUUGAACUACUGAUGCCCAGCCCCCAGUCCAGAAGGGCCAGUCGAGCCAGCAGGAGUACAGUGUUCCCCAUAGACGCUCUAGAGACCGAUGGGCACUGUAACUUUAACCUGACGACAAACUCCGGUAAGAGAUGGGUAUGCGUCAAGGUUCUCUCCCUUUGUCUGUUGUCAACCAUCGGGUUAAUCACCAUCGUGUUCUUGGACUUUAACAGAAACCAAACAAUGGCUGACAAGUCGCACCACGUCGCUAGGGCGCUGAACGCUUGUGAUAUUUUUUUGACGUUUGAGCGCAACGUCCACAGAGCCUUAAACAUUCACGCUUGUGACGUUUUGAUAGGUGACAGAAAGAAUACUUCGUCGGAGUACUGCACAAAUAUCUCGGACCCGUCCAAUGUCAAGAUAGAUGAAGUCAGCGAUGGUUUGAUUUCUAAGAUUUUGUCGGAACGAUUCUCUCAAAAUGUGGUGGAAUACUUAAAUUACCUCAUACAGCUAAUCACUACCAGUCCCAUGGACAAUAGCAAGAAGAACAGCCCUGAUAUUGGUAACAAUAACACCAACAGCCAAGGUACCUCUUUACAGGACAUUUACAGUAUAUACAAGAAUCUGACCAGUUACCUCAAUCGCCUGUCUCCGUGUCUGGGAUACGGUACCUUUAGGGACUCCUCCGGGGACGGGAUUUGUAGCGCUGUCAUUCACCCAACGUGCUCAGCUUACAGACACAUCUUACUAACAGAGCAAUACCUACAAAGGCAGCUUGUAUUGGGAAUGUUGAUAUUGCACGGUGACGUUGGCACGACUAAAAUUCAAGAGAUGUACCCAGAGUUUGUAUCCAUGGGGUAUCUGAUCAGGGAAAACUUGAGAGAGUUCUUUGCUCUUUUGCCAAGUACAAAACCAUAUUCAAUAAACAUGCUCAAGAGCAACCCGUGUUUGACAGCCAUUGAAAAACAGACCGGAAAUUGUUUCGGUGUUUCGAUGACCGAUGAUUAUUCCAAUACUUCUGACCACGAGAAGAAUGCCCGCGCUCUUCAGUGGUUAACGAAUAUGACCGACCUGAUGACGGAGGUGGUCACCACGAGUCGGGAUGUCCAUCAAGUAUUAAUGGACACCAUUGAGGCAGAGACGGAUGCUCUACAUCGGUCCAUCGCCAUCAAAAUCAUCGUGGCGUUCGUAACGAUGAGCCUGUUUCCAAUAGUUGUCUACCUCGUCAACCGCAUGAGCCAGUGGAUCUUCAACUACUCUCGCAUGCUGCACGAAAAAACGAUCGAACUAAACAAAGAAAAGAAAAUGACAGACAACCUCUUGUAUCAAAUGCUCCCCAAAACCGUGGCAAACCAACUGAAACAAACGAAGCAAGUCGAGGCGGAACUGUUCGAUUCUGUGACCAUUUAUUUUUCUGACAUUGUGGGUUUCACGGAAAUGUCGGCCAUUUCGACACCAAUGCAGGUGGUGGACAUGUUGAACAGUUUGUACUCCACGUUCGACGCCCGUAUUGACACCUACGACGUGUACAAGGUUGAGACCAUUGGUGAUGCCUACAUGGUGGCAAGUGGGGUCCCUGACAGAAACGGAAAUAAGCAUGCGGAGGAGAUAGCCACAAUGGCCAUAGAUUUGGUAGCCGCCGUAAAGCAAGUGAGCAUACCGCACGCUCCGAGCGAACAGCUGAAACUUCGUAUAGGCAUACACACCGGCCCUUGUGUAGCUGGUGUAGUCGGGAGUAAAAUGCCUCGCUACUGCCUUUUCGGUGACACAGUGAAUACGGCAUCCAGAAUGGAAUCACAUGGGCUCCCUAUGAAGAUUCAUGCCAGCGCAAAGACAGUGGAGACACUGGAACUCACCGGACGCUAUGACAUCGAAAGACGCGGGGAGAUAGAGAUUAAGGGAAAAGGUAAAAUGGUUACUUUCUGGUUGAACGGGCGCAAGGAUAUGGCAGAAGCUAAUAACAGUAUGGUGUGUAAAUGGGCACCGAAGAAACGACGUACUACCUCAAGUUUAAAAACCCGCAGUGAGCACUCCACAGUAUCUGUGGCGUCAUCGGCGGUGUCUCUUUCGGCAUAUUCCGUCGAUCUUCCCGGAAGUCCCGGCCUUGCACGGAGUCAUCUGGGUAGAGGUAGCGUCAAAGGUGGCAGCCUAAAGUCACCCAUCAAACGCUCUGCAUUUCACAUGAAAAACUGGAGUUUUAGAAGCUCACGAAACGGGGUCACCGAGCAAGACACGCAAAUGCUGGUGGUUCCAGAUGUUGACUCUAAUGACGUGGUAGAAGACGAUUCCCCAGCCAAAAACCCUGUUCAACAGAUGCCACAAGAAAACGUUAGGAGCAAGACUAAAAUAAUGUUAGUUUCUCCAGAGGCUGGUCGACCGGGAUCGUCUGUUUCUGCGCCAUCCUCACCGAGUAAGCACGAGAAGAAUUGCAGAAAUAUGAUACGAGCAACUCAUGGUACCGGUAACAUUGUUUUUCCCGGAGAGCUAACGAAAGGCGAAAAGGGUGGUAUAUUUAACGAGAAUCAAAGCGUCAACUCCCAUUUAAUGGUUCCUUCUUAUGGAAUCACCCCUUUUAAUGGAGCUUUAAAUAUGCUUGACGUUAAACUGCUAGAUCAGCUGCGCAGGCGCAGUAGCAGCACGCCUUUGAUCUGUAACCAUGCUUACUCACACGAUCACGUGGUUCAGAAUGGUGGCAACUUCACAAACCUGAAUAAUUCCAAGAACCGCAAUUUUCAGGAAUUUCAGUCGUUCUCAUCGAACGUUGGAGUAGACCGAAACCUAAAAUCCUUUUCAAAGAGUCUAGAGUCUCUACGGGAGAAGAAAUUACACUUGUUGAACUCUGUACAAUCAGAUGAAAAAGUUUAGUGGCUU